AUGCCAGAACCUGAUAAGCGCGCCGCGGCGCAGCAGGCCGUCGAUAUCCUGCACGAGAUAUCCACCAUUCUUAACUGCCACCUGGAUCGCAAGACAUUGUCCAUUUGCAUUGCGCUCAUUGAGCGUGGCGUGAAUCCAGAGGCACUAGCGCAAGUCAUUCACCAACUCCGUCAAGAAGCUCAGCUCAUCGAGCAAGAGAUUGAACAGCAAUGA